AAGGACAGGAGCCAUCCGAGAAAAAUGUUUCUUUAAUUCCUGACCAUGUUUUCAAUUUAAAAAAAAAAAUUCCAUAAAUUCUUGUAUUUUCUUUCUAUGGAUUUAACUGAUCAAGCCUUUCCGCCUGGAUGUUACUAGCAAAGUCUGCAUACCAAAGCACUGUUGUUGAGACGGAUGAGACUGUAGGCUCCCAAUUGAGUCAGUCAAUGAUUGCUUUGGUCUAAACAUGGUUGAGAAACUACCUCCCUCAAUAGGGAACUAGCGGCUCCUUGUCCUCUAUAUAGUCACCCUCGCAAGGCAGAAGCAUCAAAGCAAUACCAACUAACAGCGAAGCUCUCUCUCUCUCUAUCUUCGCUGUACCCUUGAAGGCAAAAUGGUGCUAGCAGAGACAUCAAAGAACAACUGUCUCAUUCCAAGGACAGGAUUGUCACCUCUCUUUUUCUCAUCCUCUAAAGGACUCACUUCUUCUUCAUCAUCUCCUCCAAUCUCUCCUACAGUUUCUUCCCCUGGUCACACCUUCUCUGAGUUCAUGAUGGAAGAAAACAUCGAAAAUGCAGAAUCAAUCAUCACCAAAUGGGAUGUGAACUCUUCAUCAUUGACCCAAGUUACCUCUCUCUUUCACCAAAACAGGAAAGAAGCCAGAGAGUACCUCAAGUGUGUUGGAGACCUGCGUCGAUCCAUGCAUUUCCUAGUCUCUCAGAAGUCAGCAUCUUAUAAGCUCGUGCUUGCUCAAAAGCUCAUGCAAAUGGCCAUGAAAAGGCUUGAAAAGGAGUUUUAUCAGAUUUUGUCAUCGAACCGUGAGCAGCUUGAUCCAGAAUCAGUUUCAAGCCUGUCCUCCGAUGGGUCAGGCAGUUUUUAUGUCGAGCAUGAGCUUGUAUCUGAAGAUGAGGCUGAGUUGAAAAAGGCUGGUGAGUCAAUCACUGAGGUGGAGAGAGUCUCAGCAUUGGUAAUGUCGGAUUUGAAGGCAAUAGCUGAGUGUAUGACCAGCUGUGGUUAUGGUAAAGAGUGUAUAAAGAUAUACAAAUUGUUCAGAAAAUCAAUAGUUGAUCGAGGGCUAUAUCUACUUGGGAUUGAAAGAUUCAAGUCUUCUCAAAUCAAUAAAAUGCAUUGGGAAGCACUAGAGCAUACAAUAAAGAACUGGCUGAAUGCAGUGAAGAUUGCUGUGAGAACACUGUUUACUGGAGAAAAAAUUCUCUGUGAUCAUGUGUUUGCUGCAUCCGAGACUAUCAGAGAGGCUUGCUUUGCUGAAAUAACCAUGGAAGGAGCAAUAAAUCUGUUCAGGUUUCCUGAACUCAUUGCAAAGAGCAAGAAAGAACCAGAGAGAAUUUUCUGGCUACUGGAAUUCCAUGAAGCAAUCUCUGAACUCUGGCCAGAGAUAGAAACAAUAUUCAAUUCUGCAUUGACCUCAGCAAUUAAGUUGCAGGCCCUUUCAUCACUGCACAGAGCUGGUGACUCGGUUUCUGCUAUCCUGUUUAACUUCAGAUCAUCAAUCCAGAAGGACUCAUCAAAAACUCUGGUUGCUGGUGGAGGGAUUCACCCACUUACUCGAUCUGCAAUGAGUUACAUAUCUUCCCUGGCAGAUUAUGGUAGAGUACUCUCUGAUAUUGUUGCUGACCAUCCACCACCAGGAAAUUCACCAAGUUCAGAAUCGUACUUUGAGAAUCCAACCUCCAUUGAUGGUCCAACAUCAGCAGGGUCGGUCCAUCUUGCUUGGCUUAUAUUGGUGCUUCUAUGCAAGCUUGACAGGAAAGCUGAGCUCUAUAAGGAUGUCUCUCUGAGAUACCUUUUCCUAGCAAACAAUCUUCAGUUCAUCAUUGAUCGGGUUCACACAACUAACUUGAAGUAUCUCCUAGGCGACAAAUGGGCAUCUAUGCAUACCAAGAAGAUUAAACAAUAUGCUUUGCGCUAUGAAUCAUUGGCCUGGAAUAAGGUAUUCUCAUCUUUACCUGAGGGGACUUCUUCAGUACUAUCACCUGAAGCAGUCAAGGACUGUUUUAGGAGGUUUAAUGCUGCAUUCGAUGAAGCAUAUAUGAAACAGACCUUGUGGCUUGUACCAGAUGGGAAAUUAAGGGAUGAACUGAAGGUGUCAAUAGCAAGGAAACUGACACCAGCAUAUAGAGAAUUCUAUGAAACACAACUGGUGGCAUUGAGUGGGGAGGAAAACUUGGAGGUUUUAGUAAGGAUUGCGCCUGAUGACCUGGGAAAUUACUUGUCAGAUCUGUUCCAUGGAACUCCAUGUUCAUCAAAUUCUUUGUCAUCAUCAUCUCAUUCACGAGGAUGCCUUCCCAGGUGAAGGCUAUAGCUCAUGGUUACAAUAUGAACCGUGAUCCGAUGGCUGUUAUACAAAGUUUGAUAGGAUCUCUUUCCUUCCUAAUGCUGUUCUAAAGUUUUUAUAGGAAGUUAAAAGGAGUCAGCUAGUUCUGUCUGCAAAUUCUGCAUGGAAAAUAUAAAAUAAAAUAUUGACUUUGCUUU